GGGGCUUGGCUGCAGAUGCCAUUAUCUGAUGUACCUUUAGCCCGAACACACGGCAGCGGGCAGAACACACCCCCCGUGUUUGUGGGAGCGUUUGCCAGAGAGGAAUGCUGGGGGACAGACGGUGGCUCGCCAAACGAGGACCAGAGGCUGCUCAGCUCUGGGACAGAGAGAAAACACUGGCACUGGCAGGAGACAGCUAAGGUCCAAGAGAAUUGGCAGCGAGGGGCGCGGAUGCUGCUGGGCCCCAUGGCUGAGAUGGCCCCGGAGGACACGGGGCUUGGGGUCAGGGCUGCUCCCCAAGAUGCCUCGGGCCUCCAGGACAGCUUGUUCUCCUCUGAAAGUGACAACAGCCUGUACUUCACCUACAGUGGCCAGUCCAACACCUUGGAAGUCCAAGGCCUCAGCUACCAGGUGGACGCGGCCUCCCAGGUGCCUUGGUUUGAGCGGCUGGCUCAGUUCAGGAUGCCUUGGACAUCUCACAAGGACUCGUGUGAGCAGGGUAUCCAGAACCUGAGCUUCAAAGUGAGGAGUGGGCAGAUGCUGGCCAUCAUAGGGAGCUCAGGCUGCGGGAGAGCCUCUUUGCUGGACGUGAUCACGGGACGAGGCCAUGGCAGCAAAGUGAAGUCAGGCCACAUCAGGAUCAACGGGCAGCCCAGCACGCCGCAGCUGGUGAGGAAGUACGUGGCCCACGUGCGCCAGCAGGACCGGCUGCUCCCCAACCUGACCGUCCGCGAGACCUUGGCCUUCGUGGCCCAGCUGCGCCUGCCCAGAGCCUUCUCCCAGGCCCAGCGCAACAAAAGGGUGGACGAUGUGAUCGCGGAGCUGAGGCUGCGGCAGUGCGCCAACACUCGCGUGGGGAACACCUAUGUGCGGGGGGUGUCCGGGGGCGAGCGGCGGAGAGUCAGCAUUGGGGUGCAGCUUCUGUGGAACCCAGGAAUCCUCAUUCUGGAUGAACCCACCUCUGGGCUCGACAGCUUCACAGCCCACAACCUGGUGAAAACCCUGUCCAGGCUGGCCAAAGGCAACCGGCUGGUGCUCAUCUCCCUCCACCAGCCUCGGUCAGACAUCUUUAGGCUGUUCGACUUGGUCCUUCUGAUGGCGUCUGGCAUCACCAUCUACUUGGGGGCAGCCCAGCACAUGGUCCAGUAUUUCACGGCAGUUGGCUACCCCUGUCCUCGCUAUAGCAACCCUGCCGACUUCUACGUGGACCUGACCAGCAUAGACAGGCAGAGCAGAGAGCAGGAAGUGGCCACCACGGAGAAGGCACAGUCACUUGCAGCCUUGUUUCGGGAAAAAGUACGUGACUUCAACGACUUCGUGUGGCAAGCGGAGGCCAGGGAGCCAGGCGUGGGCACUUGUUCAAAGAGCCUGGUCCUCCCAAGGGAGACGGAGCCCCUCCCGACUCCCACGGAGCUGCCGGGCCCCGUGCAGCAGUUCGCCACGCUGAUCAGCCGUCAGAUUUCCAACGACUUUCGAGACCUCCCAACCCUACUCAUCCAUGGGGCGGAGGCCUGCCUCAUGUCCCUGACCAUCGGGUUCCUCUACUACGGCCACGGGGCUGUGAAGGUCUCCUUCAUGGACACAGCGGCCCUUUUGUUCAUGAUCGGAGCCCUCAUCCCCUUCAAUGUGAUCCUGGACGUCAUCGCCAAAUGCCACUCAGAGAGGGCAAUGCUUUAUUAUGAACUGGAAGACGGGCUGUACACCGCCGGGCCAUACUUCUUUGCCAAGAUCCUUGGGGAGCUUCCGGAGCACUGUGCCUACAUCUUCAUCUACGGGAUGCCCACCUACUGGCUGGCCAACCUGCGGCCGAGCCCCGAGCCCUUCCUGCUGCACUUCCUGCUGGUGUGGCUGGUGGUCUUCUGCUGCAGGAUCAUGGCCCUGUGUGCCGCCGCCCUGCUCCCCACCUUCCACAUGUCCUCUUUCUUCGGCAACGCUCUCUACAACUCCUUCUACCUGACCGGGGGCUUCAUGAUAAGCUUGGACAACCUGUGGACAGUACCUGCCUGGAUCUCCCACGUGUCCUUCCUCCGGUGGUGUUUCGAGGGGCUGAUGCAGAUUCAGUUUAAAGGGCAAAUGUACCACCUGGCAGUCGGCAACCUCACCAUCCCUGUCCCGGGAGACAAAAUCCUCAGCUCGAUGCACCUGGACUCCUACCCGCUCUACGCCAUUUACUUCAUCCUCAUCAGCAUCAGUGGCGGCUUCGUGGCCCUGUACUUUGUGUGCUUAAAGCUCAUCAAACAGAAACCAAGUCGAGACUGGUGAUGCACACCCAGCCUCCUGCCCGCUGGUGGGGGGCUUGAGUAGACCCUUCCAUUGCACUCCCCUUCCCACACGGAGCCCCUUCCAAGGCCUAAGGAGAAGAGUCAGCUGCUUAGCUACAUCCGGCCCACAGUGCUGCAGUGGCACUAGUUGGCCACAGGAUGGCAGUAGAAUAAAGACAGUCGAAAGGGAUUUCUGAUCACUGGUCAGAGCCUGGAUUACUGGGAAUGUGAAAGCCUUACUUGGGACACCUACAACGUUGCUAAUUUAUUUCCUUUUGAUACACAUUUCCAUAGACAACUCAAUACAGGAUGGAAGCCAGUUAGGUAGGAAUCAAGUAACUAGGACAGGCAAGACUUUUUUUUUUAUUGUGUGUUCACCACCCCAAGUCUCCUGCUACCAUUUAUCCCUCUGUACCCUCUUCCCCUCCCCCACCCCCGGUCCCUCUGGUAAUCACCACACUGGUGUCUGUGUCUGGGGGGGCGGGGGGGGUUGGCUUAAAUCCCUCACCUUUUUUCACCCAGCUCCCCAACCCCCUCCCCUGACAGCUGUCAGUCUGUUCUCUGUAUUUAUGAGUCUCUUUCUGUUUUGUUCAUUAGUUAAUUGUGUUCAUUAGGUGCCAUAUAUAAGCGAAACCAUAUGGUAUUUUCCUUUCUCUAUUUGGCUUAUUUCACUUAGCGUAUGCUCUCCAGGUUCAUCCAUGCUGUCACAAAAGGUAAGAGUCCCUUCUUUUUUACGGCUGAGUAGAUUUCCACUGUGAAAAUGUACCACAGCUUUUUUAUCCACUCAUCUACUGAUGGGCACCUGAGCUGCUUCAAAACUGUGCAAGAAUCGAUAGGGCUCAGAGGAAUCGAAAACAUAACAGCUAGUAGAAUAUUAGCCUCCUCCUCCAGAGUCCCCAAACUCAGCAACGAGCCACUCUCAGUACGGAAAGGACCUGAAACCUACCAGUGAGUUGCUACCCUUCUCUUCCUGUGGGGCCAUGGGCUCCAAAAGCCAAACUGAACAAUGGAAAAUUUAUUGAGUACCUACUCUGAGCCAGGUACAAAACAAAACACUUCAUGUCGAUGACAUUCACUUCUCAAAGUAAACUUUGUGGUGGGGUGGGUGGUAUCCCAUUUUUAUAGAUGAGGAAACCGAGGCACAGACAAGUUUAGUAUGCUAAGUAAGGUCACACAGCUGCUAUGUGGUGGAGUACUGUGGGUGUCUGAAAAGCCUUUUACAGGUUAGAAGGCAAGGCAUGAGCCACAGAAAGGCUUGGAAUCCUAAGAAGGUUCCGGAAGGUGAAGAGUUUCAUAGAGGCUAUGUCAGCUCAGCCAGGUCUCUUAGGGUUGCAUCUCACUGGCCCUGGCUGGGUCUUAGGACCAGCCCUGGGCUCUCACAUGCUUCAUGUCUCAGCAUUGAGGACCAUGUGACCCAACACAGGAGCUCGGAGAGCAGGGAGGGCAUCGUUCCGAAAGGAAAGCCAGUGUCUGCAACCAAAAAAGGGGGUGAGGUGGGUGUAUUGGAGACAAAACUGUUCACCUCGGUUCCCCCCGCCAGCAGCAGGGGCCUUGCCUGAGCACUGAUUAGGCAGACGGAGCCUCGGGCCCCGCCCAGGCCCUCUGAACCAGAAUCUGCAUCUUAGGAAGAUCCCUGGGUGAUCUGAAUGGGAAGAGCUGCGCUCUUACACGGUACAACCGUCAGACUCCGGACAUUCACAUCAUUGCUCCGUAGUCGCCACCAUCCGAAGGGCAGACCCGACUCGAGGUUCACAGGCUGCCCUGGCAAUGUCCUUCACAGCCAAGGGUCCAGCUCAGGAUCGAGUGUCCAGCUAGUGGACAGUUCUCUGUGGUCUCCUUCAGUUUACCACACCCCUCAGCUUUCCUUAACUUUCCUGGCCUUGGCUCUGGAUUCGGAUUUAUCUGGUGUAUUUUGGUGUUUAAGCUGAGGCCAUGCCCCUUUGGCAGGUAUACCUCAGCACCGCUUCCUGGCAGGUGACUGCGGUUUGUCCCUUUGUUAUGAUGUUCGCUUUGAUCACAGGACGAAAGGGGUGUGCCUGGCUUCCCCACAGAAAACUCGCUGCUUGCCCUGCUUCUGUAAUAAAUAAGUCGUUUCUAGGUAAGCACUUUGAAACUAUGUAAAUUUUCCAUUCCUCAUUAAACGUCUCAUUUAUUCAUUUUUAAAUU